UUUUUAAAUACUAUAUUUCAGUAUUUCACCCCCCAAAAAAUUCCCGUUUCUUGCUAUUUUUUUCGCCUCUUACUAGUCGUCAUCAUCAUCUUCUUUCUUCUCAUUGUUCUCUCACUGGAAAGUGGCGAGGAAUUCGCUAUAUUGACAGGAAUCUAUCACUGGGUGCUUAACAAUAUAGCCUGAAAUGAGAUGGGAUUGUACAGAUCAUCGAAACCCAAAUAAUUGUUUCUCUUGGAUUGAUUACUAAGUCAUUUUUUUUCUAAAUGCUCUUUCAAGAAGCCUCCCUGGCUAGCACCGCUUCCACCGUUAUGGAGUUUAUUGCGCUUUAUACUUUAUCCGGUUUUAGAACAUCUGGAGAUGACGGAGAUUUCUGGGUGGUCUUGUCUUGGUGAAAAAAAUCUUAAUUAGUUGAUAUAGAUUUGCAAUAUAUUUUUCCUUGGUAAAUGUGGACUAUGGAUAUCGUUGAAGUUGAAGAAAAUUUAUUUGCAGCAAGUGAUGCAAAGAGCUGGCAAAUGCGUAAACAGUAUAAAUUAUAAUUGUUCUCCAAGGCUUUAUCAACCGUGUAUAUUGAUGGAGUAUGUAUUCUGUCGUUCAGCUACAUGGAGAAAUGUGCAAGGCACUCUCUGUAAUAUAUUACAAAAUAUUGUCAAUUUUCCCUACUUUGGAAGCUGCACGACCUAGGAGCAAAUCUGGCAUACAAGCAUUAUGUUCGUUGCAUUUAGCACUUGAAAAAGCCAAGAAUAUUCUUAAGCACUGUGCAGAAUGCAGCAAGCUUUAUUUGGCUAUAACUGGAGAUUCUGUUCUUUUAAAAUAUGAAAAAGCAAGAUCUGCUCUUGUAGAUAGUCUUCGGCGUGUUGAAGACAUUGUCCCACAAACGAUUGGAUGCCAGAUUUUGGAUAUUGUAAGUGAAUUGGAGAAUACUGUGUUCUCACUUGAUCCGUUAGAGAAACAAGUGGGUGAUGAAAUAAUUGCAUUGCUUCAGCAAGGGAGAAAAUUUGAUAACUGUAAUGACAAUAAUGAGCUAGAAUGUUUUCAUCAGGCAGCCAGUAGACUUGGUAUUACAUCUUCUAGAGCAGCUCUUACAGAGAGAAGGGCUCUUAAGAAACUUAUAGAGAGAGCUCGGGUGGAGGAAGACAAGCGGAAGGAAUCAAUUGUGGCAUAUCUCUUACAUCUAAUGAGGAAAUACUCCAAGUUAUUUAGAAGUGAGCUCAUGGAUGACAAUGAUUCACAGGGUUCAACUCCUUGUUCACCCACUGUUAAGGGUUCCUUUGAGGAUGCUGGUGAUGGUCAUGCCUUUGAGCGACAGUUCACGAAGCUUAGUUCUUUCAAUUUUAAAUCAAACAAUCGGAAAUCUGGGCAGAUGGCUGUGCCACCAGAAGAAUUAAGGUGCCCAAUAUCAUUGCAGCUAAUGUAUGAUCCGGUAAUCAUUGCAUCUGGACAAACAUACGAGAGAAUCUGCAUUGAGAAAUGGUUUUGUGAUGGGCAUGAUACCUGUCCAAAGACUCAACAAAAGCUCUCCCAUCUUUCUUUGACUCCUAAUUAUUGUGUCAAGGGUCUUGUCACUAGUUGGUGUGAACAGAAUGGUGUUCCGGUCCCUGAUGGUCCACCAGAAUCUCUGGAUCUCAACUACUUUAGGCUGUCAUUGUGUCAGUCAGAGUCUGCAAAUUCAAAAUCAGUGGACAGCAUCAGCUCUGGAAAAUUGAAAGGUAUGAAGGUAGUUCCUUUGGAGGAGAGUGGUACCACUGAGGAGGCUGAACAAAUUGAAUUGGAAAGUUCAACUCCACAAGAGGAAGAAACUCCACUGGAAGAAGAAUUUGAGCAUGAUAUGUUUCAAAGUUAUCAGGAUUUUUUGAAGAUACUGAAUGAAGAGGAUGACUUGGGGAAAAAGUGCAAGGUAGUAGAAAAAAUAAGACUUCUGCUAAAAGAUGAUGAGGAGGCCAGGAUUUGUAUGGGGGCUAAUGGGUUUGUUGAAGGACUGCUGCAAUUCCUAGAGUCAGCUGUGCAUGCAAGGAAUGCAGUGGCUCAGGAAAGUGGAGCAAUGGCUCUCUUUAACCUUGUCGUUAACAAUAACAGAAACAAAGAAAUGAUGCUGGCUGCGGGUGUUAUCCCUUUGCUGGAGACGAUGGUCUGCAACUCUGAUUCCCCUGGUUCAGCAACGGCCCUCUAUCUGAAUCUCUCUUGCCAUGCAGAUGCGAAGUCCAUAAUUGGCUCAAGCCAGGCUGUGCCCUUUUUAGUCCAGAUUCUUCAAGGUGAAGCUGAGCCUCAAUGCAAGAUGGAUGCCCUUCAUACCCUUUAUAAUAUCUCCUCCCAGGCCAGCAAUAUUGUGAACCUCCUUUCAGCUGGCAUCAUAAGUGGCCUCCAGUCCCUUCUUGCAGCUCCCGGUGAUUUUGCAUGGACAGAAAAAUCCAUAGCAGUGUUGAUAAAUUUAGCUUCAACUAAAUCAGGAAAAGAUGAAAUGGUAGCAGCUCCUGGCCUUAUUGGUGCACUAGCAACAGUAUUGGACACUGGUGAGCCCAUUGAGCAGGAGCAAGCUGCCUCAUGCCUUUACAUUUUGUGCAAUGGCAAUGAAAUUUGCAGCCAGACGGUCCUACAAGAAGGGGUGAUCCCUGCAUUAGUCUCUAUCUCGGUUAAUGGUACCCCAAGAGGAAAAGAGAAGGCACAAAAACUUCUAAUGUUGUUCCGGGAGCAACGGCAACGUGAUCAACCUCAACCGCCUGUUGAGGUGCGCUUUCAACGGGCUGAAAGCAGUUCCAAGGCAAUGCCAAGCCAGGAUUCAAAACCACUCUGUAAAUCGGUCUCAAGGAGGAGGAUGGGGAAAGCUUUAAGCUUUUUUUGGAAGAGCAAGAGCUACUCAGUUUACCAGUGUUAAACUAGGUCUUGUAAAUUUCUGUUGUAUCUUCUAUUUCUCUUUCUUCCAUGGCAUUAUUUAAUUUUGUCUUCCUAGAGAAGAAGAGAUGUACAGGCCCUUGUAAGUUCUGGAUUUUUUUCUUUUCUUUUCUUUUCCGUGCCUUCGAUUUCGUGUAGGAAAUACAUGUACUGUGUGUAUGUAAUGUAAGUGAAGCCUUAGUAGAUUAACCCUCA